AUGGCCUCUGCAACCUCUACUCCCGUCGGCCUCAGUAGCCGCUCCAGCCGCUCCGUCGGUCGCCGCAGCGCUGCCGGCCUGUCCACAUCCAGCACCAGCCCAAUCUGCGCGUCCCGCGGCCAGGAAAAAGAUGAGCUCCGAUCCCUCAACGACCGCCUCGCCAACUACAUCCAGAGGGUCCAAGAUCUGGAGAGUGAGAGGUCCUCGAUGCUGAUACAGCUGGAGGAAAAGAACGAAUCGAAAAGUAAAGAGAUGGGCACUGUGGGCCGGCUGUAUGAGGAGGAACUGGCCGAUGUCCGAAAGUCCCUGGACGACCUGGCUAGAGAGAGGGCUCGUCUGCAAAUUGAUCAUGGAAAUCUGUGCGAAAAGUACAACAAGCUUCAAAGCAGGUAGUCACCACGGGACCUCACAGGUGCCCCAUAAACCGUCUUAUUUAGGGAAGUGUUUUAGGGGUUAGAUUCAUGCACCUGCAAAACUCAUGUGAGGACAUUAUUGCCUUUUACUACUACGAUUGAUAUAAAUGAAAUCAAAUAAUAAUAACUGUAAAUGUAAAAACACAUGUCUUUACAAAGUGCUCUGGCUGAGGCCACAACUAGAGAGGAUAACAGAGUGUAGAGUAGCAGUCAAAUUUUCAUACACACUCUGUCAUGACUUGUUUUUCUCAUUUUUUCAUUAUAUUCUAUGUUUAUAUUUAUGUUAGAGACAUCAGAACUAUAAAGUAACACGUUGAAUAAUUCACUCAACAAAAAAAAGUGUUAAACAACAACACAACAGUCUUGGAGGCCCAGAAACUUCUUCAGCUUUUCCUUCACUUUUCGAGGCUGGUAACUCUAAUGAACUUAUCCUCCCCAACAGAGGGAACUCUUGGUCUUCCUUUGCUUGAACGAUCCUCAUGAAAGCCAGUAUCAUCAUUUGAUUGACUGAAGUUGUCCUGGACUGACUGACCUCUGUGUCUUAAAGUUCUGAUAGACUGUUGAUUCUCUUCUUUAGUUGAGUGGAUCCUUCAGACUGUGUACUCACUCUACCUCUGCACAACACAACUGAUGGGAACAAACACACUAAGAGAGUAAGAACUUCCAGGUGAACACCUCAUGAAGCUGGUGGAGCAAAGACCAAGAGUGUGCAAAGCUGUCAUUGAGGGAAAGGGAGGUUCCUCUGAGUUCAUCCAAAAUGCAAAAAAUUCUGACUUUUUUUCUUACUAAGAACUGUUAUAUGUAUCACUCCACAGUUUUAAUAUCUAACAGCCCCAAUAUAUCUAACUCAGGGCAAGACUCAGACAAGUUUUAAAAAUGAUCAGUAAAACUUUAAAACUGAUUUUGAAGCACUGGGAGCAUGUGGAGAGAAAUGAGGAUAAAAUGAGAGCUUAAGCAGCAUGCUGUGGUGAAGCUUUAAAUGAAGUUCUGCUUGUUUUCAGGAAGCAGAAGGAUGAGAGCGAUCUGGCCAAUGCGUUUACCCAGUGGAAGAAAGCUGAGGCGGCCCUGAGCGCCAAGGAUGCCGAGUACACCAGGCUGCGGUCUGAUAACAACAGACUCAUGGACGAUUUCCUGGACCUGCAGGAACAGCUGAAAAAUGUAAGUUUGAAUCCACAGUCAUGUUAAAUUUGAAGUGUGUUGAAGUGGAAUCUUGGUGGUGGUAGUCUCUGGAAGUAUACAUGAGAACUGAAAGUGCCACACCCCCUAAUUUUACAGAAAAAUGAGAUUUCUGUUCUCGCGUCUCAUCAAGAAAUCAUCACGAUUUGAGGUAAAGUUCUCAACAGAUUACGAGUUCUAACUGGUGCAAAAAUCAUUAUUAUAUAAAGACACCGUGAAACUACGCAGCAAAAACAAGGUGGUUAUUAGUUUCACAUUUAAACAAUUUUAAAUCCACAAAAACAAAAUAUAUUAAUAAUACAUUUUUUACAAAACAAUUUGAAGUUUUAAAUAAAAAAACACCAGCUAACAUCAACAGAUUAAUUCAAAAAUGAUAUAACAAACUAACUCAAAAAAACAAAUGCAAACAAAACAAAGCGCAAAGUUUCAAGUUCAUUAGUACCUUGCUUUGCUGACUAAGGGCACAAAUCCUCCCAUCUGGGGUUGAAGAACUUCUUAUUGCUCUACAGCACGUAACUUACAAUUUUCAAACAGUCAAAAAGAAGAAGAAAAAAAAGCCCAAUGGAAGUUUAGCCUCCUAAUUGUGCUCCGCUGUUGUGUGCUACUUGCUUGGUAGUGUGAGACUUGGCAAUGAGUGGCCCCUGGUAUUUAAGCCUGUGGCACACCUGCCACCCUGGAACCUGAAUACCAUCAUUUCCCUCCAGUGGCCACUUACAUAAAGGGUGGGGUCAAAGUUACUAAGGAGGUUGGAUACACUUUCUGAUGAAUUUGAGCAGAAACAGGCUUUGACAUUUACUUGGUUGGCUGCUGCAGACCUGCCUGACUCCAGCCGUAUCGUCUAUGAUUGUCCGCCUCAGGCCCUGAGCUCCUUCUUCUCUUGGAUUCCUCUGGACUGUUACUGCAGACAUGAACAUCAGCCUCACGGACAUUAAUAACAUAUAACUACAGUUAACUACUAGUAGGCCUGCUGACUGUAAUCACAUUAAAUUAAUUUAACAUAGUCCAUAAUUACUCAUAUCCUAACCCUGUAAGCCGAAUUCAUUUGUUUCACCAUUACAUGAACUGUUGUUGUUGCUGUUGUUUAAUGUUGCUGCUGUAUCGUCCCCCCCCGCCCCCCAUUCCUCCCCAACCCAGCUGUGGCUUGGUGGCUGUCUUACAUGAGUCUGGUUCUGCUCAAGGUUUCUGCCUGUUAAAAGGAAGUUUUUUCUUGCCACUGUCACUCGUUAGAUGAGUUGGGCCAAAUCCGAUCUUAGGUUGGGUCUUGAUAAUUCAUCAAACAAUGAGCGUGGUCUAGACCUGCUCUUUUUCUUUGGGAAGUGUCUUGGGAUGACGACUGUUGUGAAUUGGCGCUAUAUAAAAAAAAUUUGAUUGAUUGAUUGAGGUGUGUGAACGUGAAUAGACAGGGUUUCUAUUUCCUGCCAAACGGUAGCGUACUUUGAUUUUGACAGAAGUGUUUAACUCGCUGUUCUGUCCUGAAGAGAAACUAAGACUGAAAUCAAACCCAUGACUGAUGGAUGUCAGCUCUGUCUGAGAGAUUCCACUGAUUUUAACAUAUCAUCACUGUUUGAAACGACAGUCAUGACUGUGUUUUUUUUUUUAAACGAUGAAGUACAGUAUUGUUUGGUUUUAAGGUCUUGUGUGUGCGUGUGUGUUUGUAUGUGUUGUCUCCAGGCAGAGAGUGUAUUAGACGACACAAAGAAGCAGCUGAGCUCUGAGAUCCUGAGGAGGGUCGAGAUGGAGAACCAGAAUCAGACCUUCAAAGAACAGCUUGAACUCCAGAGGAACAUCAGUGAGCAGGUCUCACGCACAAACACACACAUUAACAAACACGUAUACACACUAUGAUUGUGUGUUGUGUCAGAUCUGAGAGGUGUUUAACAUUGAGUCGUACAGUGAUAAUAUGACAUGUAGUAUUUCUUUGAUAUGGCUCAGGUCUCUCCAGACUAUAUAGUGAAAUAAACAUUUAAGCGCAUGUUAGUUACAAAGCUAGAUCCUCUAUAGCAACAGCUGUUUGUGUUCUGCAGGAGAUGUUUGAGAUUCGAAACCGACACGAGAGCCACCUGGUGGAGCUGGACUCAGGAAGACGGAAAGAAUUUGAAAGUAAACUCGCUGAGUUGAUGCAGCAGCUCCGCCAAGACCAUGAAUCUCAACUGCAGCAGUACAAAGAGGAGAUGGAUAAAACCUUCGCUUUGAAGGUACCAAACAGUGAAAACGGAGUUAAAAGUACCUCAGUGUGUGGAGUGACGUUUUUGAGACUUCAGAAACCUUUUUUUGUGUGUUUGGGUUGAACUACAGAUACAAAAUGCUCAGGAGGCUGCAAUGGAGAAAAGCAAUGCUCCAUCAUCCACCAAAGAGGAACUGGAAACAGCCAAGUUAAGAGUGGAGACCCUCACCUCCCAGCUCCAGCAGUACCAGAAAGAUGUAAGUCUGGUUUUGAACAGCAGAGAGCCUUUGACCAAGAACAGGGGGGGAAAGCGGACCACCACGUCUGAUUUUCUCAUUGAUUCAGAUAUUUGCUGAUAGUCUCCGGUCUCUCCAGGUUUGGACUUGUGUUACUGUUUUUACCUGCCUGAUCAGAUCUGAACAGUAGAAGGUAAAACCAGUCAAUGUGGACCCUGGUUCUGAUAGGGAUGGUCAUUUACCUUUUUGAUUAAUUAUUAUUUUUUCAUCAUUUUUGUAGUAAAACCUUCAAGAGACAAAAAACAACAAAAAAGUGAUUUGAAGUAAAUGACUUGUUUGUUUUUUUUUAGAAACUGGUGCUGGAGGGCCGCUUCCAGGACUUGGAAAGGACUCUUGACAGGGAACGGGAGAUUUGGCAGCUUAAACUCGGUGAGAGAGAUCAGGAGCUGCUCAACAUUAGAAAACAAAUGUAUACCCAGCUAGAGGACUACGAGAACCUGCUGGAUGUCAAGUUGGCUUUGGACAUGGAGAUCAGUGCCUACAGAAAGAUGCUGGAGAUGGAGGAACAGAGGUGGGACUCUGGCGUGUCCACAGGUUUCACAGCGUGACGUUCUGAUCCUUUCUCACUCCUUACCUGUGUUUCAGAUGAGUAGAUAAUUUAUAGAUUUUUUUUUUUCAGAUUGCAGCUGUCACCCAGCCCCUCCCCGCAAACAGCUGCACCUCAAACCCAUGAUCACAGCAGCUGCAGGAUCAGAGGAAAGAAAAGGAAAUAUGAAGGUGCUUCAGGGAGUUCACCAGCCUAUAAAAUGAGCGGCCGUUUACCAGAGUACAGUGAUGUUGCUGUAGCAGAGAUCGACGUGGAGGGGCGAUAUAUUCGACUGAGGAACAACUCUGAGAAGGUAAGGCUGUCAGGUUUGUUACAUGACUGCAUAUAAAAGGAAACUCGAGAGGCUUAGUCCUGCAGAUUUAAAGAUGGGAAGGGAUUGACCCCUUCUGACACUGACGGGGUAAAUGAGCAGUUCACCAAUUCCAGAGUACGAUCAUCAGCCUGAAACUGUACAGAACUCAAGAAUCAAACAUAACAGAAGAGACAAGGCAGUGACUGAUAAUGUAUAGUUGUGAUCCCCAGGCCCUAAAACAGGCAUGACUCUGCAGUGGAAAUCACUGCACUGGCUCAAAGUCCCAUCAUAAAUACAGGUUUAAACUGCACCAUAACUGUAAGCAUAGAUGCCAGGGACUCCUCUGGGCCAAAACUCAUGGACUGAAACAAAGUAGAGGACAUAACCACAGAACAACAUUUCUCCAUAAAAACUCCAGAAACUGGUCUUCCUAGUCCCCUUAACAUUCACACAGCGUUGUUACAAGAGGUGAUAUAACAGCAGUUAACAUGCUUCUGAUCUGACUGAUUAAAAAUGUGUCUCCGUCAUCGAAAUUCAAUGAAAAUAUCCUUUUAUAACACUAUCAAAUGUUUGAUUUUAACCUUUGAUUUGUCUUUGUACCAUUUUCAAUUACAUAUUAAGAAGAAAAUUUAUUUGGCACCACGAGUUUCACAUGUAGGACCCAGUGUCUUCAGAGCAUGGCUCAACCUUAAGGUUGAUCAGACCGGUAUCUCCUUCACAGCCACCAUAGUUCAGAGAGGUAGGGAAAAAGACAAAGGUCACUGAAACUGACCUUCACAGGGAUCUUCCCAUUUAGACUCCUUAAUCAUCAUUCGAGGCGUCAGUGUACUGCUCACGCCCUUUUUCUCUUAACAUAAUUCUCACCUGUGCUUUCGACCACAUCAUGGGUAGACCUGGAGAUACGAUUAUCUGUACAUAUUCUUCCCCUUUUCUGCCAUGCUAGGAGCAGCCACUGGGUGGGUGGAUGGUCCGGAGGGUGUGCCAAGACUCUGGAGACAUCUUCUUCCACUUCCCUUUGUCCUGCAGUCUAGCAUGUGGAGAGACAGUCACAGUGAGUGGUUAUUACUUUUUUUUGUCCACACAGUGUCCCCCCUUUCUCUAUGAUGAUUUAAUAAGUGUCUUCCAGGUAUUGAGUAUAUUUAUGUCUUGUGUUUGUGUGUGUGUACACGCUUGCAUUCGCCUACCAGAUCUGGGCAGAAGGUUCGGGUGCAGAGGCCGAUUCUGAAGACUUGAUUUUACAGGGCCACCAGAGCUGGGGCCCUGUCCCUGAUGUAAGGGUGAUCCUUUUGAACCCUAACCAUGAGGUAGGUAGGCUUUGGCACUCACAAAUCCUCAUUAAAGCUUGUCUAUAAGUGAAGUUUUAAGGCUGUAUAAAUGCAGUAUGGAUCACUCUUCAUAGCUGGGGCUGGUUUUGGCUUUGUAAAAAAGGGAGCCUUGCAGAGUUUAUUCUUAUUAUAGUGUAAGGAUUAUAUGAAACAGUCAUGUCACUAACAAUUGGUGUUGUGGUGCAUUUUUCAGGAAAUAGCUGAGCACAGGGUGUGUGUGCAGGGAAGACAUAAACUGGAGUUUGAUGAAGAGUUUGACAUCCAGCAUUGCCGCAGACAGGUAACCACACUGCUGCAUAAAAACCUGCCAAUACAGCUGAAGUACAGACACCUCAGAAUCACAUGUGGGAAUAAGCGCACACGAGCACUGAUAAUGUGUUACAUAAAACUGUGAUCCCUCUUUUUCUGCACACACUGAAGCCAAAAAGAAAGAAGUGUUGUUCCGUCUCUUGAGCGUGAGUACGGUCUGCUCUUCAGUAAGUGAGGAGGUAUUUCCCCGCCGCUCCUCUGUGUACCUGAUUUGCUCCAGUGCAUGGCCUGUUUAUUUUACUAAGUGUUUUUGCAGUUUAGUUGGCAAUGUGCAAAACAUGCUUAAAUUAUAGACUAGAGGGAUGUACCAUGAAGCAACAAGUUCGGUCUGUUUCACCAACAAUCCAAUUUUCUGCAGAUUUAGUUUAAACAUAAAGUCUGAGGUUUCUUUUGUGUUAAAUAAUGUUUGCUGACUGAAAAUUAAAUUGUAAUCAAAAACUUUGUUGGACUGAUGUGUGGCUGUGCACCAAGCAGUGCCAUGAAGUUUAGAUAUGAAAAUGCAGAGCAGUGUUCUCUAUAGAACAGGGUUUCCAUCCACACAUCGAAACGUUUUAUGGAAAAAAGUUGUAAAAAGUUUAAAUUAAUCCAGUUUUUGAAGUAACAAACCCCAAUGAAGCUCCAUAGCUUCUAUGCUUUUGUGCAGACCAGGAGUGUUGCAACUUACCAUGGUGAUUUAUUUAGAGUAAGAAAGAGCAAGCUUUCAUACUGUAGGACCUGAGACCAGCCUGAAGUGUUGAACUGAACCCCAGAUCUUGCUUCAUGUUACAGACCAACAUGGUGUCUAACCCUAACCUCAGCCUCAACUCACUGCUUUUUGAAACCAGAAUAGAAAGCCUAUCUGGACACAUUUGAGGGACAUGUCCACAUGCUUUUGUUUAGAUUUAGGAACAUUCUUUAAUGCAAAUGAGAUCAAAAAAGCUAAAUGCUGGACAGCCAGCUGUGAACAUGAAAACAUCCCGAUCAGCUAGACUAGACUCGCUGAAGUGAUGCUGUGUAGCAGAGUGACACCCUUCACAGAGUGCUUUGCCACCCCUUGGCUUAACUGCAUGUUUGGCGCCAACCUUAGACAUGCUGACUUGAAAGGUUACUGAUGGAAAGAGAUCACAUGUGCUAACACAGACUGUAUUUUCUUCAGGAUCUUCUUAAGGAGGCGAGCUGCGCUGUCAUGUAA